UUCUUAGUCUGUCAAUUGCCGGAGUUUGAUUUGUGGCGAGUGGGAUCAAAAAAGAAAAAUUUUGCGAAAUCUCCGCAAUUUUUAUUAUGAUUUGCGUGUAAAUAAUAAAAAAAACCGUUCAUUAGUCAAAGAAAAUAAGGAAGCAGCAUGGGUAUUUUGGAUAAAAUUGCUGAAAUAGAAAGGGAAAUUGCAAGAACCCAGAAAAAUAAAGCCACCGAAUACCAUUUGGGAUUGCUGAAAGCCAAGCUAGCCAAAUAUCGUUCCCAGUUGUUGGAGCCAGCAAAGAAGGGAGAGAAAGGCGAAGGCUUUGAUGUCUUAAAAAGUGGAGAUGCCAGAGUGGCUCUGAUUGGUUUUCCCUCAGUGGGUAAAUCAACUCUGCUGUCAACAUUAACAAAGACGGAAUCCGAGGCGGCCAACUAUGAGUUCACAACAUUGACUUGUAUUCCUGGUGUCAUUGAGUACAAGGGAGCCAAUAUACAAUUGCUGGAUUUGCCUGGUAUUAUUGAGGGUGCUGCUCAGGGCAAAGGUAGAGGUCGUCAGGUUAUCGCUGUCGCUCGUACCGCUGAUUUGGUUGUCAUGAUGUUGGAUGCCACCAAACCCAAUGUACAUCGUGAUCUGCUGGAACGAGAAUUGGAAUCCGUGGGCAUACGUUUGAAUAAACGCAAACCCAAUAUCUAUUUCAAGCAAAAGAAGGGUGGUGGCCUAAGUUUCAAUUCCACCUGCAGUCUGACGCGUUGCAGUGAGAAAAUGGUCCAAAUGAUAUUGCACUCAUUUAAAAUCUUCAAUGCUGAAGUUUUAUUCCGUGAAGACUGUACCGAGGACGAGUUUAUCGAUGUGGUCACAGCGAAUCGUGUCUAUUUGCCAUGUCUAUAUGUCUACAAUAAGAUCGAUCAAAUCUCCAUUGAGGAAGUUGAUCGAUUGGCCAGGCAACCGCAUUCGAUUGUGGUUAGUUGUAAUAUGAAAUUAAAUUUAGAUUAUUUAUUGGAAGCCUUAUGGGAUGCCCUACAACUGAUUCGGGUGUAUACAAAGAAGCCAGGAGCGCCUCCAGAUUUCGAUGAUGGAUUGAUUUUAAGAAGGGGCGUCUCCGUGGAGUACGUUUGCCAUGCCAUCCAUCGUACUUUGGCUGCCCAAUUUAAAUAUGCCUUAGUUUGGGGUACUUCCACCAAGUAUUCACCACAACGCGUUGGCAUUGGCCACAUAAUGGCUGAUGAAGAUGUCAUACAAAUUGUUAAGAAAUGAUAAAACACGUUUAACGUCGUAUUAUCACAACAAAAAACAAAAACUUUUUGUUCUUUGUAAUCGAUACAACUUUUUUGUUUUUGGAUAUUUCUACGUUUACAUUUAAAUUUAUUUAAUGGCCUUCGAUGAUUUUUAGUUGAUACAUAUAUCAGAUAUUUAUUGUAAACAAAAUAUAAUGGUGAAGCGCUUCGAUUUUUUAUACCGAAUUCAUAAAACAAAGAAACCGUUAAAACAUUGGCGUUAAUAGUUACAUUCAACUAACUAGAGACAUAUAAACAAAUCACUUAAAACCCAAGAAACUGCUGCUAUAAUAAUAAAGAAGAAGAAAUCAUGUUAAUAUA